UGACAAGGGUUUUUGUAGAGGGUUCUUUCAGAAUGCUGGAACAAUGCAGGUGUCUGGAAAAGUUCCUCGGGAGCUCGGCAAGAUCGCUGGCAGUCACCGUGUGGACUCCGCAGAGAGUACAGCUGAAGGGACUUUGGUGGAAACGCUGAUGGAUCCUCUUGCCAUAAAGACACUGGACGAGGAGCUUCUUGCGAUGAAAUCAGAGGCCAAUCUUAAUGAAACAGCAAAGCCCUUGGCCUUCACGUUUGUGCCGAUUGUGAGAAGACUUCCUAUUCUCGUUCAGAUAGCCGAGACCACAAGACCCCAGUUCCAACCUACAAACCAGCUGAAGCCUGGAUCGCAAUCUCCAGUGAUGAACGAGCCUUUGCACAUCGCAGAGGACAUGUCUACAGUGGGUGUUUUGUCUACUGACAUUGAUGGUCAAGGAGCACUGGGACGUUGUUUGAAGGAGAAAGAUGUACAUACCUCCUCUGAACAGGUGACCGUGCAAGACGGGAUUUUCAAGGCAGAGCUUGUUUACCUUGCGGAUUCAAAUGAAUCUGAUGGCUUCUCUGGGUCAAGUGGAACUCAAUUCAGGCAUUCAGCAGCAAAACUGCCCUUCUCAAGCCAGUCACCAGGUCUCGUUGCCAAUAGAAACUUUACUCCAGCAAAAGUGUUAGUGGGCGAGUCAAAGCUCCCGGUGUUGCGACUGGCUGAGAAGAAGGUGGACGGGCCGUGGCAAAAAUCAAACACACAGUACAAGAUCAAGUCAAGUUAUAAGACCUUUGCUGCAAUACCAACAAAUACACUGCUCUUGGAGCAGAAGGCUGUCGAUGAAGCAGUCAGUGAGGAUUUCGGUGAGUCUGGAGAGUGCAAGACAUCGGAGAGAAGCCAGUCAGAGUUCUUAUAUGAACCUGAGAGUCUCAGACGGCAGACGGACGAACUGUGCGCUACCAUUGAAAGAGUCUUAGAGGAGCCUCUGCCUUCGCGUUGCUCCAGUUCCACUCCCACUUCCCUGCAGAAGUUCUUGGAUUCCGAGGCACAGAAACCCAAGAGCCCUGUACCAAGGACAAGUGGGCGAGAAACCAAAUACGCCAAUCUUUAUCUGCCAGCAUCUGAUUUUGCAGAGACUAAAUCUACCAAACCUGGAGUGAUCCGUCCUGUUACUAUUGUCCACAAGGUACCUGUAACCCCAGAGAAGGUCGAGUAUUGUCCCAACCCUUUCAGGCAGUAUCUUGAAGAAACCACGGAUGCCGAAAUCCGAGAGCAACUCUUCCCAUGCUCCACCAUCCUUACUACUGUGUCCUACCCCAAGUCGUGCCAUCAUAUGUACCAGACUGUACCGUGCUGUCCGGAAAUGUCCCAGUCCGUACCUCUGUCUCUCUCGCCUGUAACCUCUCUAACCUCUGGAUCAUAUAUUCGCUUUUCUCCCAAUAUCCCAUCUAACUAUUACAUGACCUCUAACCUUUCUCGCAGUGUCCACUCCUUGUACAUUAAGCCACGUCACUCAAUCACCACCAUCCAUGAGAACGAAGCUCUGGGCAGUAAGGAGCUCGUGGAUGUGGCCACAAGGCUGAACCGAGAACUGCUCGAAACCCGAGGCAAGGAGUGGAAGGAGAAAGUGCUGGAGCAAAAGGUUAACAAUAACCAGGGAACGCUGGUAAUCACAGAGGAGUAACAGCAAGCUGAUAACCCAAGCAAAGAUUACAGACCGGGACACACAUACCAUUUCAUGACAUAAGAUGCUGUUUUAUUGCAACUGGAAGAACUUCUUUAUUGUAAAUGUCUCCUCUUCACUUGUGUAAAAAACAUUUUUAAUAUUUUAUGGACACUUUACAGCUAUUAGUAAUGCACCACUAACCGAAGCAUCAUUACUGUUCUGGAUAUCGAAAAACCUUUCAAAUAAUAGGACUUACACACACGUGCCUCAACUACUCAUUAUAAAUGAAAUAUUUGUUACCCCAUGUUUCUAUGAACGCUGUACUCCACAGAGCAGUACACAAGGUGUGUGGCGAAUUCUUUGAAGGUACAAUAUUUAUAUAUUAAUAUAUUUAUACGCCAUGUGUAACCAUCUUCUUUGCCUUUGAAAUGUUGCUGAUUCAGGAUCAAAGGUAUUUUGCAAACACUAAGUUGACUUUGAGGCUUUGAUACCAUCAGUUUGGAUGGUUACGAUUGCUGUUAAUAGCAUACCUUCUGUAUUGGUGUAUGAACUUUUGAUGCUUUCUGAAAAAAUUAAAACAAGUUGAAAUAUAUUGAUACUAUUUUAAA